AUGGCUUUCUAUGGCUUGGACAAACAAGCCGCACGUCCCCCCGAGCCACAUCUCACCCUCGAGAUCGUGGCUGCACACGAGAUCACCGAGGACAUGAUCAAAGAAGCGGCCGCGUUGUUCUCGUCUUCAUACGGCAUUUGGGGCCCGCACGCAGAAGAAAAGAUGGGACCGUUUGCGAAGCAUGGCCGCCGUGUUCGUAUGAGCGUCGACCGCCUGCGGCAACAGUGCUUGCCCGAUGGUGCAGAGAACUUCUUCGUUAGAGCAAUGGCCGGCAGCAGUCUGGUCGGCCAUGUUUUUGCCACAUUCUGGAACUUCGAGGACCGUCAAGUCUGUUGGGUCACUCAGUUGUGCGUGGACCAGCAACACAGGCGUCGCCGGCUGGCUACAAGGCUUCUGCUCAAGCUUCGAGAAGAUAGACCGAACUGUACUUUCGGUAUUCUGAGUUCACAUCCUGCCGCAAUCCUUGCGGCGUUGAGAAGUUUCGGACGCGGGCUCGAACGGGCCAAUCUGGAUUGCGCGAGAGAGCAUGCGAGAGAUGUUAUGAAGUCUAGUCCGGUCAGAUAUGUCAGGUCGGCUAUUUUGAGAGGCAGCCUUUUCGAGGGGCACUGGACGCAGGGGGUCGUCUGCUGUGCCGACACGAGUUUCUGGGUUGACCAUGAGGAACCGGCAGAAGCUUUGCAUGUAGUGAAAGCGAGGGGACUCGUCUGGCCUUUUGGCGACCUGCCCGACGGUCAUGAAUACCUCUUCUUGGUCGAGGCAGCAUAG